AAAAUUAAAAACGUUUCGUCGUCCGAAAAGACAUAUCAAUGGCGUUUUGACUCGAGUCCUAUCUCCGUUUCUAUCCUCUCUCUUCCCUUCUCCUCCUUCUCUGUUCCGUUAAACCCUACGAGCUUCUCGCAGUAGAAGGAAACCAUGAAUCCCACAGCAAUCAUCAACGCUCCAAUCUCACCUUCCACUCGCUCUCCUCUACUCUCCCACUUCCUCACUCCGUUGUUAUCAAACUCUCACUCUCCAAAUCGCCGUCGUUACCUCACUUCCUUCCCUCGUUGCGCAGCAGCUACUACUCCCUCCGAACAACAACCACCACUGGUGUAUAACAAGAAGGAGCUCACUGGAUUGCAACCAAUCGUAGAGAAAAUGUCCCCGCCGGUGAGGCUAACGGCCUCUGCUGUCGUUUUAGCGGCCUCUUUAGCUACUGGCUAUGGGCUUGGGCUUCGCUUAGCGGGCUCAAGGAGUAUCGCUCUCGGUGGAGCUGCUGUAGCGGGAGCUGCAGGUGGAGCUGUUGUCUAUGCUUUGAACUCUGCUGUACCGGAGGUUGCUGCUAUCGGGUUGCAUAAUUUUGUAGCCGAAUUCGAAGAUCCUGCUUCUGUGACGAAAGAGGAUAUCGAGAAAAUCGCUUCUAGGUAUGGUGUUAACAAAGGAGAUGAGGCGUUCCAAGCUGAGAUAUGUGAUAUAUAUUGCCGGUAUGUAACUUCGGUGCUUCCAAGUGAAGGAGAGUCUCUUAAAGGAGAUGAAGUGGAGAAGAUUGUUAAAUUCAAAAGUGCUUUGGGAAUAGAUGACCCUGAUGCAGCUUCUAUGCACAUGGAGAUUGGGCGGAGGAUUUUUAGGCAAAGGCUUGAGACUGGGGAGCGUGAAGGUGAUGCAGAACAGCGUAGGGCAUUUAUGAGGCUUGUCUAUGUUUCAGCUCUUGUGUUUGGAGACGCUGCCUCCUUCCUUUUACCUUGGAAGCGAGUGCUGAAGGUCACAGAUGCUCAGGUUGAGAUUGCUAUUCGUGAAAAUGCAAAGCAGCUGUAUGCCGAAAGGUUGAAAUUAGUUGGUAGAGAUAUUAACGUAGAUAACCUUGUGGAUCUUAGAAAAGCACAACUAUCAUUCAAGCUUUCUGAUGAGCUUGCCGAAGAGCUGUUUAGAGAACAUACAAGGACAGUAGCCAUAGAGAAUAUUACAUCUGCACUUGGCGUACUAAAAUCCCGCACACGAGCAGUGAAGAGUAUGUCACAUGUUGUGGAAGAGCUUGAAAAAGUACUGGAGUUUAACAACCUGCUGGUUUCCUUGAAAAGUCAUUCAGAGGCAGAUAAUUUUGCCCGGGGUCUUGGCCCUAUAUCUUUAAUAGGAGGUGAGUCUGACUUUGAGAGGAGGAUGGAUGAUUUAAAGCUACUUUAUAGAGCAUAUGUUACAGAUGCUUUAUCGAGUGGGCGCAUCGAAGAAAACAAGCUUGUGGCAAUGAGCCAACUGAGAAACAUCCUCGGACUAGGAACACGGGAGGCUGAAGCUAUUAGUGUUGAUGUCACGUCCAAGGCAUACCGUAAAAGACUUGCUAACGCUGUUACAAGUGGUGACCUUGAAGCACAAGACAGUAAAGCAAAAUAUCUUCAAAAGCUUUGCGAAGAGCUGCACUUUGAUGCACAAAAGGCAAGCGCAAUCCAUGAAGAAAUCUAUAGGCAGAAGCUUCAACAAUGUGUUACUGAUGGAGAGCUGAGCGAUGACAAUGUUGCUGCUUUGUUAAGGUUAAGAGUCAUGCUCUGCAUUCCUCAGCAAACUAUUGAGGCAGCUCAUGCUGACAUUUGUGGAAGCAUAUUUGAAAAGGUUGUCAGAGAAGCAAUUUCUUCUGGAGUGGAUGGCUAUGAUGCUGAAACUCGCAAGUCAGUAAGAAAGGCUGCUCAUGGUCUUCGGUUAUCCAGAGAGACUGCCAUGUCUAUUGCUAGCAAGGCUGUCCGUAGAGUUUUCACAAACUAUAUCAGACGAGCAAGAUCGGCAGAGAACCGCACUGAGUCAGCAAAGGAGCUCAAGAAAAUGAUUGCUUUCAACACGUUAGUUGUGACUGAAAUGUUGGCUGACAUUAAGGGAGAAUCUUCUGAUAAAGAACCUGAGAAGCCUGUUCAAGAGAAAGAAGAAGAUGCUGAAGAUGAGGAAUGGGGAUCCCUUGAAUCGCUCAGAAAGACAAGACCUGACAAAGAACUCGUGGAGAAGAUGGGAAAGCCUGGCCAGACUGAGAUAACUCUUAAAGAUGACCUUCCCGACAGGGACAGGAUCGAUCUCUACAAAACAUACUUGCUCUACUGUCUAACCGGAGAGGUAACAAGAAUCCCGUUCGGCGCCCAGAUCACAACAAAGAGAGACGACUCAGAGUAUUUGCUUCUGAAUCAGCUUGGUGGGAUCCUUGGACUAACUUCGAAAGAAAUUGUCAACAUUCACGUAGGUUUAGCCGAGCAGGCUUUCAGGCAACAAGCUGAAGUGAUUCUAGCUGAUGGGCAAUUGACAAAGGCAAGAGUAGAGCAGUUAGACGAGUUGCAGAAACAAGUUGGGUUGCCUCAGCCACAAGCGGAGAAGGUUAUAAAGAACAUAACAACCACAAAAAUGGCAAACGCGAUAGAAACAGCUGUCAACCAAGGAAGACUGAACAUAAAGCAGAUAAGGGAGCUCAAGGAGGCAAACGUGAGUCUGGACAGCAUGAUCGCUGUGAGUCUGAGAGAGAAACUGUUCAAGAAGACAGUGAAUGACAUAUUCUCAUCAGGAACAGGUGAAUUCGAUGAAACUGAAGUCUACGAGACAAUCCCGUCUGAUCUCAGUAUUGAUGUUGAAAAGGCAAGAGGUGUUGUCCAUGACCUUGCUCGGAGUAGAUUAUCAAACUCCCUGAUUCAAUCCGUUGCAUUACUCAGGCAGAGAAACGCCAAAGGAGUGGUCUCAUCGCUUAAUGAUUUGCUUGCAUGCGACAAAGCUGUUCCCGCUGAGCCACUGUCGUGGGAGGUCUCGGAGGAAUUAUCUGAUCUGUAUAGUAUCUAUUCAAAGAGUGAUCCUAAACCGGCACCGGAAAAGGUAUCGAGGCUACAAUAUCUGCUGGGAAUAGAUGAUUCAACUGCAACUGCCCUCACUGAGAUGGAAGAUGGUGCAUUCUCUUCUGCUGCAGAAGAAGGCAACUUCGUUUUCUAAGUCUGGCUUUAGUUUUUGAAUGUUAUGGUUGAGAGAGGAAAAAUGACUAUUUAUUGUUAAAAUUUACCGAAGCCUGUGAAAAUUUUGUAUCAGAACCAAACUUGAUCUGAUUGGAGCAAUUUGAAAGUCUACGAACGAGAAUAGAACUAUGUAUGAUUCCCUCAAACAAGGCUAUGCUAACGGAGC